GGCUCAUCGGAGGCAUUCAGGAUGACAAAAUUUACCGGUCAUUUUUUUCGGCAUUAUUUACAUUAUAAACCGUGAGUAAUUGAUACGUCGAGAAAGGUUGCCUUUUAGAUAACUUUUGGAAAUUUAGCUGUUCUUUCUUUUGGAAUAUGAAUGACUAAACCAGGAAUGUAAUAUACUUCUGAUGUUGUUUGUAGUUUGAAACAUUUCAUGUGUGUUUGGGAUUGAAAUUUCUAGUCAAAUAUGUUACACGAUGUCAGUUCAGUCAAAACAGAACAGUUAUCCGAUUGAAUUACCUUCACUUUCAUAUGUUGUAGUUUGAUCUGCUGGAAGAAACAUUUUCCAUGAUGGAGAAGCCCAUUAGAAACAUGGAUAGUCAGAUGCAAAGAAUGCGUCAUCUUGACAUGUUCUGGCAGGAAUAUGAAUCAAUUCAACCCCAAGUAAAUGAUGCAGUUGAGGAUGAUGAAGAUUCAGUAAAUGAUGUGGAGCAAGAUGUUCAAUGGUUACAAGAAGCAGGAUUUAAUGACAUGGUGAAAAAUUAUCGAAAAAGCAAUGAAAUAAAUGCAGAUGACUUUGAUUUCAAGAAUAUGACAUCAUCAUUAACAAGGAAGCAAGCUGAAGCUGUGAAAAGACGUAUCAACAAACUUAAUGCCAACACCAAGGAGAGACUGAGUUUGCAGGAAACAUCAGAAGGUCCACAACGCCUUGCAGUGCCUGAUAUUCGCAGUAUUAAUACCCAUAAUUCAAAGCAACGGCCAGAUAUGACAUCAGAGACAGGCACUAAGAAAAAAAAUAUACGUAGUCGACAUUCCUAUAGCGAAGGUCUUCCACUUUUUUGUUCAGAGGAAUUGAGUUAUUCAGACAAUUCUACUUCAAAAUCUCAGGAUAAUCUAAACUAUGCUAAGUCAUUUUCUGAUCGUGUCAGGGGGAUAACUUCAGGUACUAAUGUAUCUUCAAAACCUGUUAGUCGUCCUGUUCAGUUGUCUCAAGGAAAUAAGUCUCCAAUAUUAAGACGUCGAACAAUGGAAAAUUCACUUCAAUUGACAGGCAGAUUAAGUCAUGGUAGUUCACCUGUAGGGUCACCAAGCCAUGAGAAAAAUCGUCAAUUUGCUGGAUCUUUAUUUUACAUAACAGCUGUCAACAAUAACAGUCCAACAUCAUCCGAGAUAUCAUUGCCAACAACAAAGAUGAAUGAACUAUCAAUUUUUGAUAAUCAUCAUGUUUUGUCAAAAAAGGAUCCAUUAUUGACAAAAUACACAUCAAAAACCACACUGUCAAAGCAAGAAAUGAAUAAUACAUCAGAUACGGGUGAAUUCAGCAAUGACAACGGGGAAGAUUUGUGCAAGGAGUUGACGAUACACCAUGAAAAGCCGGCAGUUGAUGUUCAAAAGAGCACAGAUUACGAAGGACCACCAAAGUUCCCUAAACUUCCGAAUUUCAAAUUAUCACGUGAUGAAUAUGGAAUAACACGUAUUGAAGAUUUAUCCCCUAAAGACAUGGAGAAAGUGCGAUCUCUUGCUCUCAUCGAGUUGACUGCGCUCUUUGAGCAAUACAAUAUGGUCUUUCGUCGACGUAAACAAACGAAAAGAAAAACGAAAGAAUAUGGUGUAUUUGGUGUUCCUUUAUUACUACUUGUACAGCGUGAUCGUGGUGAAAACCCGAGAUACAACACUCCUGUUAUUUUAGAACAGAUGAUUGGUUUUUUAGAAAAUAGCGGAGUUAAAGAGGAAGGUAUUCUUCGCGUGCCUGGUUCGGCUGCUAGAGUACGGUGCAUGCGCGAAGAGUUAGAAGAGACAUACAUGGACAAGUGUUUUUCAUGGAGUAAACGCAAACCUCAUGAUGUUGCGGCGCUACUAAAGCAAUUUCUCAGAGAGCUGCCGUUUCCUCUUCUCACGUAUGAAUACCAACCGACAUUUGCAUCAGUUGAAGAAAUUCCAGACCAAGUUCAACAACUUCAGGCGUUGAAUCUUUUGGUUCUUUUACUCCCAAUAACACAUCGCGAUACCUUGAGGCUUUUGUUAGUAUUCUUGUGUAACAUUGUUGCAAACCACAAACAGAACAAGAUGGAUUUAAACAAUGUCGCGAUGAUCAUGGCGCCAAAUUUAUUUUUAAACAAUGGCAAGAAAUCCAGUGCCUCUAUAAGAGAAGUUGAGUUGGCUAAGGGCACCAUAAACAUUGUCAGAAUGCUAAUUAAAUAUCACGUCAUACUUUGGACGGUUCCAUCGUUUAUGGUACAACAAGUUCGUUAUUUGUACGAGAAGGAUUUAUCUGUCAAGUCUAAGGAGAUUAAGGUGAAAAAACGGAAAGGUAAGCGAGGAGCAGGGGAUCUUACAGCCAAUCAACUUAAACUUAUAAAAAAAUCCAUGUCUCUGGAAGAUUUGGACAGAAUUGAGUACGAGAACCAUAUCAUUCGUGUGAAAGCACCAUUGUUAAACAAAUCAGGCAUGGCCAUUCAACUUUGCAAGAAUACUACAGCUAAAGAUGUCGUCGAGAAAUUUUGUGAAGCAAGUAGCAAAAACAAAGUAACAAGGACACCCAAGAAUCAAGAAAAUGAGAACAUUGAUGAUAGGGACAACUGCUGUACUAAGGGCAACUAUUUCCUCCAUGAAGUUGGUGGUAAUAUAGGGGAAAGAUGCUUGGACAUGGAAACCAAUCUACUACAGCUUUCAAGGCUCAAUCCUCAUGCUGAAUGGGUGAUUAAAGUAAAACCAUAAUCAGAGGAAAGUUCAAUUGAAAGAUUUUAUGUGAUCGUUGUGUUCUUUCAUCUGAAAUGCAACACCACUAUCCAACUCCAACCUACAACUUGUCCCCAGUCUUAAUUUGAUGUUACACUGAGCAACAACUCGGUUACAAAGUAGUAACUGCGCGAUAAAAUCGAUGGUAAAAAUACUUAAGUAACAACUGCAUUCAUUUAAGGUGUUAAGAAACUUAGUUUCCAAUAUUAUAGUCCUUGAAUGUUGCAAUAAAUUUGCGACAAAUAUUAUAAAAUGUACAUAAAUUGUGUGCAUUUGUAGUAAUAUUGUACUAAAAUGUCUUUUAUAUGUAUACUAAAUUGCCAUAUAGAGUUUUGUAAUUCUUAAUUAAAGAGGGAUGCUUGAAGAUUGAUAAGAAGGGGGAGGGGUCAUAUUUAUAUAGUGAUAUGUCAUGUAAUGUAAUCACAUUUGAUUUCAAUAGAAAUUCAUAAAGGAGA